AUGAAGUUUCUCGUUGAAGGCUCUCCGAUGAAUCGUCAAGUAGAAUUCUCUAAAGACGACAUCGCCACCAAUCCAAUGCAUGCUCUCGAUGAGGGGUCGAAAGAGUUCCGCUCUGAUGAGAAAGCUCAGUCUGAAUUGAGAACAAGAACCCAGGAAGUACCCAGGUAUAGGGUCGGCUUUCACAAGCCCCGCCCACCGCCUGCACCAGGCCUGGUGCUAUGUCGCACUCAGCACCCAGAACUCCCAGUAUCUACUCUGACAUAUCAGCGCUUCGAAAUCAUAACAUCAGCCACCAAAAAGCUAUCCUUCACUUUCAGCCACGAUAUUAGCCAUCACUUAGUCCCUCUACCAAACGCUCUUAGUCAUAUCUCAUCACGAGGUAUUCAUUCUACCCCACUCCUUUUGUCUACAGUAGAUGUAGUAAAUUUUGUGCCCGAGUGCUCUUUGGAGUUCCUCUCUCUUUCAUAUCAAAUUGCCUCCGAUUAUGGGAGCUUCCAUUUCCCGCAUCUCAGAGUCGUCAAAACAAGCUCCGCCCGCUAUUGUUACGGCUUCGGCGUAAAUUGGGAAUGA